UGACAUAAGAAAUUGGUAUUUUUUAAAGGGAAAGGGGCGGACUGCAGAAAUCGACGUAGCUUUGCCUUGGCCGCUAACUCUGUUUGAAAUUCGAGUGCUUCUCCGAUAAAUUGACGAGUGACAAAUCCGCCGACCCGUAAUUCGCGCAACAGAGUCGCAGCAUGACGGGAAUAAUUUCGAUCGUAACGAGGCGGCUGCCCCAAACUUUGGGAGUUCGAGCCCUGCGAAGCAAUGAGCUGAAGCGCUGCAUCCGCCAGUAUUCCCGGCUAGUCGUCUGCGCCGCCCAGCAGCAGCAACUGCUCAGCCAAGAUGCCCAGAAUCGCUGCCAGAAUGCUCCCAGGCUCCUCGCCUGGCAGGGCUUCCACACCACGUCGAGUCUGCGGUCGGAGCAGACCGUGAAUGUGCCUCCCUUCGCGGACUCCAUCGCCGAGGGUGACAUCAAGUUCACCUGCAAGGUGGGUGACUCAUUCGCCGCCGACGAGGCCGUCAUGGAGAUCGAGACCGACAAGACCACGGUGGCUGUGCCAGCUCCCUUCGCCGGCUCCCUGACCGACAUUCUGGUCAAGGACGGCGACACCGUCAAGCCCGGCCAGGCCCUGUUCAAGAUCAAGCCCGGUGCAGCGCCCGCCAAGGCAGCUGCUCCGGCGGCUGCUGCUGCUGCUCCCGCUCCUGCUCCUGCCGCUCCCAAAGCCGCCCCAGCUCCCGCUGCCGCCGCCCCACCCAUGGCGGCUCCCGCUCCAGCUGCCGCUGCUGCCAAGCCUCCACCACCUCCACCCAAGGCGGCGCCUCGUCCUCCGCCAGCUGCCCCCGUGGCUGCCCUGAAGCCGGCCGUCGCCCAGGUGAAAGUGCCACCGGUCGAUGGCUCGCGCCAGAUCUUGGGCACGCGGUCCGAGCAGCGCGUCAAGAUGAACCGCAUGCGUCAGAAGAUUGCCGCCCGCUUGAAGGAUGCCCAGAACACAUGCGCUAUGCUCACCACUUUCAACGAGAUCGAUAUGAGCUACGCCAUGGACUUCCGCAAGCAGAAUCUGGAAGCAUUCACCAAGAAGUACGGCAUCAAGUUUGGCUUCAUGUCCAUCUUCUCGAAGGCCAGUGCCUAUGCGCUGCAGGACCAGCCCGUGGUGAACGCCGUCAUCGAUGGCACGGACAUUGUGUAUCGCGACUACGUGGACAUCUCUGUGGCCGUGGCCACGCCCCGUGGCCUGGUGGUGCCCGUCAUCCGGAACGUGGAGAGCAUGAACUAUGCUGACAUCGAGAUCGCCCUGGCCGGUCUGGCCGACAAGGCGAAGCGGGACGCCAUCACCGUGGAGGACAUGGACGGCGGCACCUUCACCAUCAGCAAUGGCGGAGUGUUCGGAUCCCUGAUGGGCACGCCCAUCAUCAAUCCGCCACAGAGUGCCAUUCUCGGCAUGCACGGCAUCUUUGAGCGGCCAAUCGCUGUCAAGGGAGAGGUCAAGAUUCGUCCCAUGAUGUACGUGGCCCUGACCUACGAUCACCGGAUCAUCGAUGGCCGCGAGGCGGUGCUGUUCCUGCGCAAAGUCAAGGCUGCCGUGGAGAACCCAGCGAUCAUUGUGGCCGGCUUGUAGAGUGAAUUGUCCCAAAACGCGUCCACGGCCUUCAGUUGAUAUUAGCCUCCGUAAUUUGAAACUAAUUUUUGGUUAUUUAUUAUUUUAUUUCGCGAGCGUCACAAAAACUAGAAAAGCAACAAAAUUCGAACUCUACUCGUAGCAUCGGAAGUAGUCAAAAUAAAUCAAACGUGGAUCUUUUCUUAAACAUAAACUGUGCACUGAAUGUUACUACUGUUAGCCUAAGACGCUGCGAAGCAAUGUCGUAAUAAAGCGAUGACGAAUAUUGACCAACCUCAA